UAGAUAAGAUUUUACUAUCAUCUCUAGUUCUAUAUAUACUAAAUAUUCUUCAACUUGAUAGGAUCUUACACUCAUGUCUAGUUCUAUAUACUAAAUAUUCUUCAACUUGUUUCUCCAAAUUAAAUUUCUUCUCCCAAUUUCUCAACAAAAUGGUUGAUGUUCUAAGCCCUUUCACAAUCCCAUCUCCUCCUCCACCACCUUCUUUAUCAAACAAAAACAAUAGCAUACCCAUGUUAUAUUAUGGUCUAGUGGUGAUGGGAAUUGCAGCCAUAGUCCUAGCAAUAUAUAACAUCAUCAUUAUCAAACGUUGCAAUAGGAGGCAUAAUCAAUCACAACCCACAAGGCCAAAUCUUAUGGUUAUUGAAGGAUUUGAAAGAAGCUUUGAAAACCAACAAAGGAACUUGCUUUCAAGCUUCAAGUACAAGAAGGAAGUGGUAGCAAAAGAACAAGAACAUAAGGGUUAUGAUUAUGAAUGCUAUGUUUGCUUAUCGGUUUAUGAAGAAGGGGAAGAUGUUAGGAAGCUACCAAAGUGUAAACAUUGUUUUCAUGCUCUUUGUAUAGAUAUGUGGCUUUAUUCUCACUUUGAUUGCCCAAUUUGUAGAACACCUGUUGGCCCUCUUUGUCAUAAUUUUCAAGAAGAGAAUUAUCGUGAUGGGGUGAUUGAAUCUGGUGGUAGCAUCUCUGUUUGAUUUGAUUAGUUUAGAAAUGUGUGUGUGGCAUGUUGUUUUGCAUCUAGGACACGACAUAGUAUAGUGAGUGAGAAACACCCCACCACACUAUAGUUAGGUUCUUUGAUUGGAGCAACUUUAAGGUUGAGUUAGAUGAGAAAAUAUUGUCAUUUGUAUUUUCUUAUUAUCUCUCUCUCGUUAUCUCUCUUACUAUAUAUGUGACACAUUUUUGUAAA